AUGGCCGCCGUGGUGGCGGCCGCAAACCCGGAAAAACGCGGGUUCCUCGAUGGCCUCUUUGGUAAGGCCGCCGAGCCCGCGGUAGCGCCUGCUCCCGACACUGCCGCCGCUCCCGCGGCUGCUCCCGCCACCGACACUCCCGCCGGUGUUGCGGCUGACGCCUCUGUUGGGAUUGCCGUCAACGCUGCUGUCCAACCGGCUGGUACCUCUAAUACUGCCAUCGAGGGUCCCCAGCCCACGGUGACGGAGGUUCCUCCCGGGGCCACGACUCCCCCGACCCCGGCGCCUCCUCAGACGCAGAACACUUUGCUUGAGUUCGUCACUCCUGCCGACAACUCGACCCUGCUCCAAAAUCCCUUGGCUGCUGCUUUGUCCGACCUUCUGUCGUCGUCGUCGUCGUCGUCGUCGUCGUCGGAACUGUCGUCAGAACUGUCUACUGAGACCUCUUCCGACGCCACUUCCGACGCCACUACCGAUGCCUCGAGCGCGCCUACCACUACGAGCACGCGUAACUUCCUCGACGACUUGUUUGGCACCGACCUGUCGAGCUCGGAACUGAGCCUGGAACUGUCGAGCUCUGAGCUGUCGUCGGCUUCCGAGCUGUCGAGCUCUGGGCUGUCUUCGUCGUCUGAGCUGUCUUCGUCCUCGGAACUGUCUUCGUCGAAACUGUCUUCUUCGUCGAAACUGUCUUCUUCGUCAGAACUGUCGAGCUCCGAGCUGUCUUCGUCCUCGGAAGAAGAUGAAUACUGCGACGAGUCGCUGACGGACUCGUCGGACCUCCUCCCGACAUCGGACCUCCUCCCGACGUCGGACUCGCUUCCGUCGUUGGACCCGCUCCCCACCGACUUGUCGUCGUUGGACGUCCUCCCCACUUCUGACCCGCUUCCUACGGCUACGUCGCAGCUGGCUCUGCCAACUAGCAACUGGAUCGACAACUUGUUCCCUUCUGUCGGCACCGACACCGCCAGCUCCUCGGACGCCGUCAUCAACCUGUCGAGCGUCCCCAUCGAGCUGCCGUCGCAAACCGGCGGCUCCGGCAACAUCUUCAGCGACUUGUUCCCUCCCACAAACUCGUCGCUGCUGAUCGUGACCAGUGGCUCCAACACCGACUUGUUGCCCACCAGCGACUUGUUGCCCACUAGCAACUUGUUGCCCACUAGCGGCGGCAACCUGACUUCGUCGUCCUCGGAAGAAGACGAGUACUGCGACGAGCUGCUGACCGAUCACAUCAUCGACUUGCUGCUGGACUCCAUUGUCCUCCCCACUCUGAACCCCAUUGUCCUCCCCACUCUGGACUCUCUCCCGACCGACUCGGAAUUACUGGUUCCUACCCCCUCGGGCUCUCUGGACAUCGUCAUUCCCUUCCCCACUGGCGGCAACUCGUCGGUCUCUCUGGACAUCGUCAAUCCCUUCCCCACUGGCGGCAACUCGUCGGUCUCUGGUAUCCCGCUUCCUACUUCAAUCUCCGGGAUCCCUAUCCCCUCGGGUAACUCGCUGGGCCUGGGCAUUUUUGAAUCCACUGGUAGCGAAGAAGACGAAUACUGCGACGAAUCGUCUACUAGCGGUGAACCCACUGGCAGCCCCCUCACCGAGGUGCCUCUGCUUACUACCACCGGCCCUCCUCCCAAAUCGCUGCCUCUGGGCACCGUGGCGGAAGAGACCGGCAACGAGGAAGUGACUCUGCUGCCUAUUCCCAUCCCCUCGGGCUCCGGCAUUCACUCCGUCCCCACCGAGGGUUCUCUGGACAAGGGCGUGGUGGAUGCUACCUCUGACGAAGAAGAAGAAUACUGCGAAGAAACCACUGUUCCUCCCCAACCGACUAACGGCGGUAACGGCGGUAACCCUAAACCUACGAAUGGCGGUAACGGUGGCAACCCUCAACCUACCAAUGGUGGCAACGGCGGUAACCCUCAACCUACCAACGGUGGCAACGGCUCGCCUCAACCCACUAACGGCGGUAACAGCGGUAACAACGGUAACGUCGAUGGUGGUUCCGAUGAAGAAGACUGUCCUGAAGUCACUAUCAUCACCACGUCGUACUGGACUACCACUACUACCAUCUACUGCGACAACCAAGGGUGCCACAACCGUCCCAUUGUCACCAUCUACACCACCACCUGUCCCAUUGACCAGUUGCCUCCUCAAGUUACCGGUGGCCUGAACAACGGUGGUGGUUCUUCGAACAACAACGGCGGUGGUCUGUGGUGGGGCCAAGGCGACCAGGGCUCGGAAGAAGACUGCGAAGACUACACUGUCCCUGGUCCCGCUCCCACAAACGGUGGCUCUGGCUCUUCUAACAACGGUGGCUCCGGCUCUGGCUCUAACUGGGGUUCUGGCUCUGGUUCUGGCUCAGGCGACAAGAGCCCCGGCAACGGUGGCAGCAGCAACGGUGGCAGCAGCAACGGUGGUAGCGGCAACAGCGGCUGGAACUGGGGUGGUCAAUCUGACGACUGCGAAGACGUCACCACCGGCAACGGUGGCUCCUCGGACACUUGCGAGCUCGACUGUGACUGCACUGAAGAAGACGACAACAACUCGGGCUGGCCCUUCGGUGGCGGCAACGACGACGAGGACUGCGACCCCGGUUGUGUGUGUGAUGAAGAACAACAGCAAGGCGGCGGCAGCUCUAGUGGUGGUAGCCAUGGUUCUAACGGUGGCAGCACUGACGAAUGUGACGACGAAGACGAAGACGACACUGGCUCCUCGUUUGGUCACUACGGCAACAACACCAUCAAGACCAACUCUUCCAAGACGGCUACUAAGGCUGAACCUACUUCGCUGACUCGGAUCCACAUUGGCAACUCCAGUGUUACUGACUCCGAACUGGACUUGCUUAUCCCCACUUCGUUGCUGGUGAGCUUGACUUCGGGCUCUGCCUCCGCCUCCGACCUUGCCUCCGAGCUCUCGCUGGUAAUUGAACUGGCUAGCUUGCUGGCUACUGAAUCUGCUGACGUUUCUACCAGCGCUCCCAUCUCUGAAUUGCUCGAGCCCUCAAACACGCUCAAAUCGGACUCAGUGAUCUCCACCUCGCUGGUGGCUGACUUGACUGACUUGACCAAUGGCACGCAAUUGGUCGCUAAAGAUCUUGACGUCGAUGCCGUGGUAGAACGCUCGGCGCCGCUGGUGGCCCCGCAGCCUGAAAACGGGGCACGUAAGACGGUGAUGUCCACUUUGGCCGUCGUCGCCUGGGGGGUGGUGUUGUUGAUGUAA